AAGACUAGCGUAGGAAUGUGCGUAACUUUAAGCAAACUACAGACCUUGCUUAAGCACAUUUUGGAGACAAUUGUGACAAGGUGAGAACGAUUGGUUAAUGGAAAGAGCGCAUAUAAAUAGCCAUUCAGUGGCAGCCGUGCGCAAUAAGGCACAAUGGAUGCACUUGCACUUCUCGAAGACCAUGCCAAUGGACGGAUCCGACUGGAGAGGGUAUUCCGAGAUCGGGAAGAUUUCCUGGCUCAUGAUGAUGACUGGCUAAUAAGCCGUUUCAGACUACCUAGAGCCUUGCUCUUGGAUCUGAUUGCUGAAUUGAGUCCAAUUUUAGAGCGACCAACCCACCGGAACCGCGCCAUACCGGCACACAUUAAAGUGCUGACAGCGUUGGGUUUCCUAGCAACGGGCUCGUUCCAGAGGGAAUUAUCCGACAGGUCUGGGAUAUCACAGCCAUCCCUCAGUGCUGCACUGCCAGCUGUUUUGGAUGGGAUAAUCCAAAUGACCAGUCGCUACAUCAGGUUUCCCUACACUGUUGUUGAACAGGCCAACAGCAAAAGGCAAUUUGCAGCAAUGUCCGGUUUCCCUAAUGUAAUCGGCGCAAUUGACUGCACCCACAUUGCUAUAAGAGCCCCCAGCGAGAACGAAUUUGUAUAUGUGAACCGAAAAAAUGUGCACACCAUAAAUGUACAAAUAAUUUGUGACCCCUCAAUGGUGUUGACAAAUUUAGUGGCACGGUGGCCUGGUUCAACACAUGAUUCAUUCAUUUUGGCGCACAGCGGUGUAGGGAACAGACUGCAGGCAGGUGCUGGUCGUGAUGGUUGGCUCCUCGGUGACAGCGGCUACCCACUGAGGCGGUGGCUCCUCACACCAUUUCCAAACCCGCAGAGUGCGGAGGAACGGCGCUUCAACAUAGCGCAUGGCCGUGCACGUUCCGUUGUGGAGCGCGCCAUCGGCCUGCUAAAAAAUAGAUGGAGGUGCUUAGAUGCCUCAGGUGGCAGGCUGCUCUACCACCCCAGAAAAGUGUGCAAAAUUAUAAGAGCGUGUGGAGUACUGCACAAUUUGGCACUGAGGGAUGCAAUCCCUCUCCCACCUGACCUCCCCCCCCCGCAACACGUAGACCCCGACCCACAGCCACCUCCCCGACAUGAGGAACAUCAGCAUGGAGCAAGGCUACGUGAGGAAGUGAUGCGGCGUGUGUAAAAAGGACGCGAUCGGUGAGAACCCGGCCACCUCCGCGCACUCUGGAUCCGCUGGGCGCGCUGGGUACAGACGGGUCCGUGCCAGACGUGCUGGGAAUCUCCUCCACCACCUGUUCCUCCUCCUCCUCGCCCACUGCUACCACCUGUAACGUGACUGAGGACACAAGUCACAUUUAUUGCCACAUGUCUGUACAAACAUUUGAUUGAAUAAACAUAUGAAAUUGUAACCUACCACUCUCCUCUUGAGCAAAAUCUGUGUCCCCCUCCCUCUCUGACACAACACCAGACAUGCUGGCUGGUCCGAGAAUGGAAGCCACUUUGGUGUGAAGUGGUGUAGGUUCUUCCAUGGUACGGCCGCCACCUGUGUAAAACUACUUUUUCUGCUCAGUCAAGAGUCACAAAGGGGUGGCGGCAACAUCACAGAAAAUGAACCUUGCAAGCAUGAUUAAGUAGUGUUACAUUUUUCAUUCAUAAAACCACAU